UGGAACGCCCAGGCGUGACGUGGGUCGUUUCGUUGGUGUUGAAAAGCCGUUGCAGUUCUUCAUAGUGCCAUUGAAGUGAGUCAUCUCUAGGAAGUGUGGUAAAAAGGAAAAGAGGAAGAAGAAGAAGAAGAGAGAGAGAGAGAGAGAAAAAAAAAGUUAGAACUGUUCCGUGAACAGCAGAGAGCUCGAGAAGCGGCGUCGGUAGGCAAAGGCGGCGGAAAAUCUUCGGCAGGUUAAAGGCAAGGCAGCAGGGUUUUUAAAGCGAAUGUGAACCUGCGUGAGUCACUGUGUAACUACAGGUUGACUGCUGGAGCUCACUGCUGAAGGUGCGCUGCUGACUUUAACUUGAAGUUUGCGCACCUGAGAGGACCUGGAAUUAAAAAAAAAACACGCAAUAAGACAGACAAGCAAAUCCAGACUUUUUAUCUCAACCUGCAAUAUCUGUUAAAUUUUUUUCUUUUAAUUAAAAAAAACAGCUUAGUUUAGAGGAGCAAAAUUGCACUUUGUUUUUACCAACUCUUCUCUGGAUAUCUUAAAUUUAACAACGACUCGAGUCAGAGGAUUUUUUUUUUCUCUCCUGGUGCCUUUUUUUCCACGGCGGGGAUUUAAAUAAAAGGAGGAGAGUUUCAGAAGCUCAGAACAGUCUGCUGAAAUCUCCCUCUUUCCUGGAUCAUGUACCAGGACUACGCCGGGACCUACGACACGUCGUCCCGCGGCAGCAGCACCUCUCCGGCCCAGCCAGAGUCCUUCACAAGCGGCAGCAGCACGAUCGGAAGUCCGAUCUCUACCUCAAGCUACCAGAAGUACAGGGUUGACAUGCCCGGCUCCAACAGUGCCUUUAUUCCAACGAUCAAUGCAAUCACGACCAGCCAAGACCUGCAGUGGAUGGUGCAGCCCACCGUCAUUACCUCCAUGUCCAACCCGUACUCGCGCUCCCACCCGUACGGCCAUCACCUGACCAACGGGCCGGGCCUGCUGGGCCACAACGCGCUGGCCCGGCCCGGGGUCAUCCGCUCCAUCGGGGACGCCAGGGGGCGGCGCAAAAGAGACGAGCAGCUCACCCCGGAGGAAGAGGAGAAGCGGAGGGUGAGGCGUGAGAGGAAUAAGUUAGCCGCGGCCAAGUGCCGCAACCGCAGGCGAGAGCUGACGGAGAUGCUCCAGGGGGAGACGGAGAAACUGGAGGAUGAGAAAGCAGACUUGCAGAAGGAGAUCGAGAGCCUCCAGAAGGAGAAAGACAAGCUGGAGUUCAUGCUGGUCGCCCAUAACCCUGUGUGCAAGCUUCCGAUGGAGGAGCGCCACCAGCAGUCGAUGCACCAGCACCAGCACCAGCAGCAGCAGCAUCAGCAGCAGCAGCAGCAGCAGCAGUGCACCCCGCUGCCGCUCACCAUGCGCCCCAGCAUGGCCAUGCGGGCUCCCAUCAACCAGGUGGUGGUGAAGCAGGAGCCCGAGGACUUGGAGGACGCGGUGGGCAAGACCCAGCGCUCCGUCAUCAAGCCCAUUUGCCUGGGCGGCGGCGGCGGGAUGUACUGCCCGGAGGGAGACAGCCUGAACACGCCGGUGGUGGCGGCGUCCACCCCGGCCGCCACGCCCAACGCGCCCAGCCUCAUAUUCACCUACCCCAACAUGCUGGAGCCCGACAGCCCGUCGCCCUCCUCCGAGUCCUGCUCCAAGGCCCACCGGCGCAGCAGCAGCAGCGGCGACCAGUCCUCGGACUCCCUCAACUCCCCGACCCUGCUGGCCCUCUGAGGCGGAGGGGCUCGUCAAUCGGCGUGGCUCGGGAAAAAAACAAAAAAAACAAAACACUGUGGUUGAAAGCAAACACGAGGAUUGACUGCACGCCCUCCCUCCCCCUCACCCGAUUCCUUUCUUAUUCUAGUGUCUUUAAAGACUCAAGAGCACAUUGAAAAAGUCCAGACCAAGCUGACCGUGUGAGCCGUCUCCCCCGCCGCCGUCCGGAGGGAGACCCCCACAAGGGCUACGCCGCCGCCUGUUUCUUCUUGUUCUGCUUCAGUGUAAAAAAAACAAAAAACAAAAAACAACAACAACAAAAAAAAAAGAAUUAUUUGUCCGUGUGUGACCGACCCUUGAUAGAACAUCAUCAUCAUCCCUUCGUCAUUUCAACUCCAGAGCGUCGACUUGUUUACCGGGCAGACUCCGUCUGAAGAGAGACAUGCCUACAAUCUCAUGAGUUGACGUGACAUCGACCAAGAGAGCGCGUUCUUAAUAUAUAUACAUACAUAUAAAUAUAUAUAUAUAUUUUUUUGUUUUUGAAAAUGAUUAAAAAGCCAUGUGGGCCCGCACUUGCACUCUGCCAAGAUGAAUCUAUCAAUAAAUCACAAAGCGAGGUCAGCACUCUACUGGAAAUCCCGAGGAGGGAAAGAGACAACGAGCAAAACGACCUCCUCUUGUCUUCUUUUCCGUUUACAGUUUGUCCUGGUUUUUUUUUUUUUUUUUUUUUUUUUUCUCGUAAAACUUGGAACUCGAUUCAGGCUAACUUCGAAAGAGUGCGUACACACAUUUCCGAUGUUAUUCCCAUCUCUUUAAUUGUAUUUAUGGCCUGUGCUGAUUGGAUUUGACAGUGUUUUUGUUGAGAUAUCGUCCUCUCCUUUUUAACCUGCCUGUAGAAAAAGCAGCGCCGUCGCCCGCCGGGCGGCCCAAGCACUCCUCAGCGUCGCAAAGGAUACGAGCCAACUUUCAAUCAAUGACUAGUUCCUCAGUACUCUCUACUUUCUAUUUUGCCAUAGUGGCUUGACUUUGCAGUAGUAUUAGUGUGCUUUUUCCUCAGUGAUUCUGUACCUGAACUUUACAACAUUGUUUUUUGACAAAGUGUAUGUGAUUUACAUCGAUGUCAGGGAUAUCGCUCAUAUGUAGUCCCUUUCCCGACCCCCACCCACCCACCCCGAGUCAUGGUGGACGAGCGUUUGCAGGACGAGCUGGCUGCUGUACGGUCUCAGAGCUGUGGAGGUGGUUCUACGUGUGAAGGGACGAUCAUCAAAUCCGUGUGUCUCAUCGAGAGUCUUUUCCGCUCCAACGUUUCUAAAACGAAAAGUUUGAACAAAACCCUCCCGCCGCUGGAUUCUGAACAAAAAGGUCUUACUUUUUUUUUGUUCUGUUUGGGUUUUUUAACACUGCCUCUCAGAGGGUGGGUCAGGUUUAUAUAUAUAUAUAUAAAAAAAGCCAAAAAAGGUCUGUAUGACACAUGUAACCCUGUAAUUCGUCCGUCUUUCGUCUAAAAAGGAGGAAUUUUGCUCGAAUCUGGAAAAAGCCACUGUGGUCUAGACUGUCGCCAGCUGCCAAUGAUGUCAACCCUGUUUAUACUGUGUUUGUAAAUCUGUCACUUUUAAGUAAAGGAAUUAUGUUCAAAUUCAACUCAGAUGUGCUGAUACACGGGUGGACCAACGUGCGCCAAACAUCGAGGUACUUAGAAGGUUGUAGUGGCUUCGGACGAGCGCCAGACGCGGCGGCCCGCGUCACGACAAUGAGGAAAAGGGAUCAGAAGACUCUCUCCCCAGCUGGCCUGACGAGAAAGAGCGGACACCUUAAAGUUCUGUGAUUUAUUUUUUUUUUUAAACGUGUAUCUUAAAGGGACGAGGGUUUUUAAAUAUCUUGCACUGAGAAGGACAGAACAGCAACAUCUGAGGCUUGUUUUUUUUUUUUGGUUUACUUCAGACAUUCCUAAUGAACAUAAUGUCAGGGGUUACUUACAGGAGGACGCCAUCUGCCGUCCAACGCAUCGAUUCAAAAGUUGGAUGGCUUUUGGGGCACUGCACGCCGUCAAAAAAAAAAAAAAAAAACACAGAGAGUCCAACACAAGCUGCUACCUGCUACUGGUUUGUAUAGAACGUGUAGGCUGUUAAAUUCUCUC